UUCUCCGGACAAUUAGUGGAUCAUGGUGGGGCGCCCACCCAGGAGACCUUAUAAGGCUUUACCAAACAACGAUAUUGUCGGUGCUUGAGUACGGGUGUUUCUGCUUCCGCUCCGCUGCAAACACCCAUUUAAUCAAGCUGGAACGAUUGCAGUAUCGCUGUUUACGUAUUGCCUUAGGUUGCAUGCAUUCGACCCAUACGAUGAGUUUGGAAGUUUUGGCGGGCGUUCUCCCAUUAAAAGACCGCUUUUGGGAUCUGACUACUCGUAUUCUCAUCAAAUGUGAGGUUUUGAACCCCUUGGUAAUUGAAAAUUUCGAUAGGCUAGUUGAACUUAAUUCUCAAACCCGUUUCAUGACUGUGUAUUUCAAUCACAUGUCUCAAAGUAUAAAUUCUUCCUCAUACACCUCCAAUCGUGUCAACUUAUUAGAUACUUCUGUUUCUACUGUGUUUUUCGAUACAUCCAUGAUGGAAGAAACUCGUGGAAUCCCGGAUCAUUUACGCGUGCAGCAGAUCCCUAAAAUAUUUUAUAACGAAUAUAAAAACAUCAACUGCGACAAUGCGUUUUAUACUGAUGGAUCACUUCUCAACGGGUCCACUGGCUUCGGUAUCUUCAACAAUAAUUUUACCGCCUCCUACAAGCUCGAUAAUCCUGCUUCUGUUUACGUCGCAGAAUUGGCUGCAAUUCAGUAUACCUUAGGGAUUAUUGAAACAAUGCCCACGGACCAUUGCUUCAUCUUUACGGACAGUCUCAGUUCUAUUGAGGCUCUCCGAUCGAUGAAGAAUGUAAGGCACUCUCUGUAUUUCCUGGGGAAAAUACGGGAACAUCUGAGUGCUUUAUCCGAAAAAUCUUCUCAGAUUACCUUAGUGUGGGUCCCUUCUCAUUGUUCCAUUCUGGGCAAUGAGAAAGCGGACACUUUGGCUAAGGUGGGCGCAACAAACGGUGAUAUUUACAACAGACCAAUUGCCUACAAUGAAUUUUUAAAAUUUUCACGUCAGAAUACACUUGUCAACUGGCAGGCCUCGUGGGAUAAGGGAGAACUAGGAAGGUGGCUACACAGCAUCAUCCCCAAGGUUUCCACCAAACCUUGGUUUCGAGGAUUGGAUGUAGGACGAGAUUUCAUUCGCAUGAUGUCUCGGAUUAUGUCCAAUCACUACGGGCUAGAUGCACAUCUCUUGCGUAUUGGGCUGGCGAGCAGUAAUCAUUGCGUUUGUGGAUUGCGGUAUCAAGACAUUGAACACGUGGUUUGGGUGUGUGCUGAAUUCUGCGGCGCCAGAUCUCUACUUUUGGAUACCCUCAGGGCCCGAGGAAUACAGCCCUAUGUGCCAGUUCGUGAUAUUCUCGCUCAGCGAAACUUGCCAUACAUGCUACAUGUUUAUAGCUACUGGAAGAGCAUCAAGGUGCCAAUUUAACAGCGAAACAAAAAAAAAAAACAUGUUAGUUUUAGUAUUAGAUAUAGUUUCAGCUCGUAGUCGGCAGCGAGGGUAAAGAAUUUGCCUUUAGCUUAUAAGAUAUUUUAGACCAUAAGGCAUUAGAUUUAAUUGGCUCCGUAAAACAUUAAUUUGUAUUGUGCCGUGUCAAAUAAAUGUUGUGUGAACAAAAGAAAAAAACAUCAAUAUUUUAGAACCCAAAGAGUGAAUAUACCUUUUUGGAUUUAAGCAUUCAUGUAAAUCUAUUUUUACAAAUAAUAAGUUUAAAUGAGAAAGGCUGAGUCUGACCGCUAGGUGGAAUAAUUUAGGUUUUUGAACUUUCGUCUACUUCAAUUUUCUUCGACUGUCUUUCUUGAUGGCUAUCUUCCGACUAUCUCUUCUCGAUCUGUCACCUUCCCGAUCUUGUCCUCUCUCUCUCUCUCUCUCUCUCUCGCUUGUCCUCUCUCUCUCACUCUCCUAUCUCCAUACCGGAUACCAAAUUUUCGUGCAGUUGCACAAGUGGUAUAAACUUUUCCCUGGAUCAUUUUAAGGGAUGGGUUAUUUUAGUGCGGACUUUUUGCCGUCUUUUAUCGUUGCGGUCUUUCCGUUACAAAUAUAUAUGUAUAUUUCGGGGUUAUUACCGUUUAAGGAGUGAGGCUGUCCUUUCCCUGGGCUAUGUUUUACGGAGGCUUUAGUGCCUUCGUGCUAAGCCCCAACACCUGGUCUGGAUGUUCCGGGGUGGACACGAAAGGUCUCUUUAAAGGGCCCAGGGGUUGCAUUUUAGACAGUGCCCCCUCACUUCCUCAAACGGUAACGUUCACAUCGAAUAUUUUUCGCAAUUUUUCGAAGCCUAAUCAUCGGUUGGAAAUGGUUUACGGGUUAGUAAACUUACACUAUGUUAAACAAAAAUACAAAAUGAUUCAGCAAACAAAAAUAAACUUACAACAAUUAACAGAAAAGAGCCAGAAAACAAAAAAACUACUUUACUUAACCUAACUUACAUACUAAAAUUAAACCUCUAACAUUUAAUUUUACAAAAACCCACACCAAAACGUCUCACAAUCGUUACCGUUUCAUUUUAGCCAAAUAUCCGGUAACAAUCCAUAUAAUCGAAAACUACCGAACCGAUUGACGCGAAAAUUUGUAUGUAGGGGUUUUUGGUGCCAAUAAAGGUUCCUAUGAUAGUUUGAGACCCCUCUCUCUUCUGGAAGGAGGGGGGGGGGCCACACAAAUGAAACAUAAAUUUCUGCACAGCUCGAGAACUAAUCAACUAACUGGAACCAAAUUUGGCAGGUAACAAAUAUGUCCAUAAUGGUUUGACGCCCCUCGCUCUUCUGGAAGCACAUGUUUCUGCACGAAUUUCUGCACAUCUCGCGAACUAAUCAACUUAAUGGAACCAUAUUUGGCAGGUGAAUGUUUUUAGUGGUAACAAAUAUGUUCCCUAAUCGACCUCAGGCAGAAUUUUGGAUUGUAAGAUGGCAACUUCCGGUUUCUGGAAAACAGCCAAAAAUUGCCGAUUUCCACCCAAUAUAAUAAUAUCCGGAACUGGAAUGAUACACAGGAGCUGAAAUCGACCACAGAUACCAUUUUGAAUUCUAAGAUGGCGACUUCCGGUUUCUAAGAAACAGCUGUAAAUGACCAAAUACCACCUAAUAUGAGCGUUUUUUUUAACCAGUAUGACGUUCAAAAUCCAGAAAUUGU